AUGUAUCGUUCCAGAAAUCGUACCAUGGUGCGCAGCAACAACAAUCAGAGUCAAGCUGGACGUGGUGGUGGAUCCUUGUUGCGCGGAAGAUCCACCUUGAAUCAUCAUUAUCGUAGUGGUGGUGGUGGUGGUGGUGGUUUGGAAAGCAUGCGACAAACCAAACAGCAGUCCAAUGUUGCUUCUGCUGCUUCUGCUGCUUCUACCAAGCAUGAUAAUUUUUAUAGUGACGACGAAGAUGAUUCGUCGGUCGAAGAAGAACGUAUCUUGUCGGAACGAUACGGAGAAGCGGCGGACGAUGGUGGUGGUGGUGGUGGCAAAGCAGAGGCAAGCAGCAACAACAACAAAAAGAAAACCGAAGAAGAGAUUGCCGCCGAAUACAACCAACAAGAAGCCAAAAAGAAGAAGAAGCGUCGACCUGCUCAAAAGCUAGAACCAGAACAACUCACCAAAGACAAGGGAUUAAUGACGGUCUACAAGCGGUUUCCCGAAAUUUUGCACUCGAAAUACGAACGCCAUUUGCCCAAACUCAAAAAUAGUGGUCGUCCCAACAAGCGAUUCAAACCAAGCACCCCCCAAGACAUGGCCAAGUUUACGCACACCAUGAUGAACAUGUACCGGAACUGGGUCGAUGAUUUGCUUCCAGGAGUUCCAUUGGAAGAAAUCUUGUGGAAACUCCAACCCAUGAACAAUACGGGAACCGUCAAGCCUUAUUUGGAACAAAUGCGCCGUCAAGUCAUGUCCGAAAAGGUCGAGGCGGUCUAUGGAUUGGAAAAGGGACAAUCCUUGAUGGAACAAUUUCAAGGAUUGGUGGACGAACAAUAUCAACUGGAAUUGGAAGAAAGGGUACCGGAUCAAAAUGGACCAGAAGGAGAGCAACCAUUGCUAGAUGGUGGCAAUGAUAAUGAUGAUGAUGAUGAUACUUCACCCACUGCUGCCAAUCAAACUGAUCUAGACCCUGCCCAGAAUACUGCCACGGCUCCCGCAAAGUCAUCUCGGUUGGUGACUCCCCGCAACAAGCGUCAAGUCAUUGAGGAUAGUGAUGACGAAGACGAAUUGGAAUUCACAAUGGACAAUGAGAACAAUGCUACUAGUACUGCUACUAGUACUGCAGUGGCGGCCAAGGUUUCGCCUUCUUCCAAGGAGGACGAGCGACCCAAAAAGGCGGCACGGCGGGUCAUUGUGGACGAUUCGGAUGAUGAGGAUGACAAUGACAAUGAUAAUAAUGAAGGCAAUGAGGAUAAUGACAUUGUAAGGAUGGAGGUGGAUGCAGAAAACAACAAGAGCGAUGAUGGCAGCGAAAAGGAGGAUGCUUCAGCAAAAAAGAGGAAACGAAAUGUGCUAGACGAUGACAGCGAGGAUGAAGAUGAAUCGGAAUUGCAAUUGGAUACGCAAACAAUGGAAACCCAAAAGGAAAGUGUUGUCACUACUGAUAAGCCUGAAACGGACACUGUUUCAAAGAAAAGAACGGUGCAGGACGAUGACAGCGAGGAUGACGAUGAUGAUGAAUCGGAGCUUCAAUUUGACACUCAAAUGGAAACGCAAAAGGAAAGUGUUGCCACUGACGAUAAGACUGAAAUCUUCGACAAGGAUAAUAAUUUGGGUGAUGCGAAGGAUGAUGCUGAUAAUGAUGAAGCAAACGACACUCACUCUGCUCCAAAGACGAGGGCAGUGCUGGACGAAGAUAGCGAGGAGGAGGAAGAAUCAGAACUCCAAUUUGACACUCAAAUGGAAACCAAAAAGGAAAAUGUCACCAACACAAAAAGUGAUGACAAGGAAGCCGUGGUAGGAGAAAAAGUAGUAGAAGAACCAAUCGCCACCCAAGGAGAGACCAAGGAUCCUGUAAAUGGCGAUGAUAGCAACGACUCGAAGGAUGAGAAGGAAACACCAGGCCAGGCCAGCAAUGAGCCAGAAGAAGAGUUGGAAACCCAAGCCUUGGGAACUCAGCCUCUCUCGUCUUCUAUUGGGGAAAAGACUAGUGAUGCUAUCAAGGACAGUCCAAUAAUGGAAGACAAGGAUGGUGAUGAGGCUGCGAAAGUGGACGAGGAAGGAGACGAUAGCCAACAUUCCGAAACGCUCCAAUUCGAAACUCAAGAAUAA